GGAUGAGACUAAUGCCGGUGGAAUUGCUCGUUUACAUUUAGGCUUGCACCCGUGUCCGCCACUUGUGCAACACGGACUGGACUCUAUUGGUUCGGGUACUCGGCCCUGAAAUCAGUCACGGAACUAGAUUCCGGAAAGCUCAAAAGCCACCGUCGAAUUCUUUGUGGCAGUUUGGAUCCUCUGGCACAGAGUCAGGGACGAAAGAUUCUGAUUGCCCGAUCGGCCUCAUUCGUCGAUCGUAUCACGAGGUGCAUUCAUUCUCGAGAGCGCUUCGGUGAAAGGUCCAUCGGGCGUGCUCAGGCUUAUUGAACAGAGGGGAGUCCAGGUGGCCUAGGACAGUCGGAGACGGCGUAUUUGCCCACUUUCCUGGACGACAUGAAUGUGGAAUCGGAGGCCUUGCGCCUCUUGAACGCCGCCUCUCAACUGCCCGCACUCGUCGUGUUCGAUCUCGAUUACACUCUGUGGCCUUUCUUCUGUCAUUGGCGUAGGAUCUAUGGGUACUGCUGUGGCAGCUCUGAGAAGGUCGAGGAGCCAACUUUAUAGAAUGUAAUGUUAGGCAGUUACUCCUACAUGAAUGAGCUAUCUUUGGAUGGACUAGCGAGACCGGUAGCUUCAAGUGAAUGCCUCUCCAAGAACGACAAUCCGGUGCUUUAUCCACAGGCAAAAGGGAUAAUCCAGGCGCUGAAAUCGAAAGGCAUUUCAAUGGCUAUUGCAUCACGAUCACCCACUGCCGAUAUUGCACGGACAUUUCUUUCAAAACAGGAUAUACUUUCUAAUUUUCCUGUCAUGGAAAUUUACAGCAGCUGGACUCACAAAACGGACCAUUUUCGAAAGAUUCAUCAAAAGACAGGCGUACCUUAUAAUUCCAUCCUCUUCUUUGAUGAUGAACACCGCAAUAUACAAGCUGUGAGAAAUAUGGGGGUUACUUGUGUGCACGUUUCCAGUGGUGUCAAUCUUGAUGCCUUAAAGACGGGCCUUCAGGGUUUUGCUGGUAUCGAACACUUGGGGCCUGAUAAUCAAGCUUUCCGGCAAAAAAAAGUGACGGACUUUUUCAAUAAACGAGGGAGUAAAAAAGACAAAAAGGAGGAAGCAUGAAGAAGUUCAGGAGGUGCUUGUUGUUUGUCUUGAGGCCUUUGGACAUCAAAAGGUAUGUCCAGUCUUGAGGUCCACCACUUUUCUUGAGGUCUCUCUGUGCAGGUUCCAUGCUCUUUGGACGGUAAAAUAUACCUCUGAUUGAGCUUCCGGAGAUUGUGACAUCUGACAAACUUUCAAAAUGUCUAUCUCCUGACCAAGAUACUCUGGGGGGAAUCCAAGAAGUCUUGUUCCUUGUCUUCGUCACUGGCCGGUCUGAUUCGUAGAUCCCCAAUUCCGUUUCGGAAUGGUGAGUCAUAAACGCCUUGGUUUUUAAGAGAUUUUUGCGUCUCGCUUGUUAACUAUCAGAAUUUCAUCAGUAAAGCAGUUAUUAAUAUUCCAAUGUCUU